AUGGGUUUAUCUGAUCAACAAUUGUUCGACUUGAACAAGAGGGCCGUGAGCCAAGGUUUUAAUAUUAAGCCAAGAUUGAAUUACAAUACCGUUAGAGGUGUUAACGGACCUCUAGUUAUCUUGGAAAAAGUGAAAUUCCCACGUUACAACGAAAUUGUUAAUUUGACUUUGCCAGAUGGUAGCGUAAGACAAGGUCAAGUUUUAGAAGUUAGAGGUGAUAGAGCCAUUGUGCAAGUUUUUGAAGGUACUUCUGGUAUUGAUGUUAAAAAGACCUGUGUUGACUUUACCGGUGAAAGUUUAAGAAUCCCAGUUUCUGAAGAUCUUUUAGGUAGAAUCUUCGACGGUUCCGGUAGACCGGUCGACAAUGGUCCUAGAGUGUUUGCUGAAGACUAUUUGGAUAUCAACGGUUCCCCUAUCAAUCCAUAUUCACGUAUCUACCCAGAAGAAAUGAUCUCUACAGGUGUUUCAGCCAUUGAUACCAUGAAUUCUAUUGCUCGUGGCCAAAAGAUUCCAAUUUUCUCAGCAUCUGGUUUACCACACAACGAAAUUGCAGCUCAAAUCUGUAGGCAAGCAGGUUUGGUUAGACCUACAAAGGAUGUUCACGAUGGACAUGAAGAGAAUUUCUCUAUUGUUUUCGCCGCCAUGGGUGUCAAUUUGGAAACUGCUAGAUUUUUCAAACAGGAUUUUGAAGAAAACGGAUCUUUGGAGAGAACUUCGCUAUUCUUAAACUUGGCUAACGAUCCAACUAUUGAGAGAAUUAUUACCCCUAGAUUAGCUUUAACGACUGCAGAAUAUUUGGCCUAUCAAACUGAACGUCAUGUUCUAACCAUUUUAACAGAUAUGUCUUCUUAUGCAGAUGCUCUUAGAGAAGUUUCAGCUGCUAGAGAAGAAGUGCCAGGUAGAAGAGGUUAUCCAGGUUACAUGUACACAGAUUUGGCUACCCUUUACGAAAGAGCAGGUAGAGUUGAAGGUCGUAACGGUUCCAUUACACAAAUUCCAAUUCUAUCGAUGCCAAACGAUGAUAUCACACAUCCAAUUCCCGAUUUGACUGGUUAUAUCACAGAAGGUCAAAUCUUCGUGGAUCGUCAAUUGAACAACAAGGGUAUCUACCCACCAAUUAACGUCUUACCAUCCUUAAGUAGAUUGAUGAAAUCUGCUAUUGGUGACGGUAUGACGAGAAAGGAUCAUGGUGAUGUUUCUAACCAAUUAUAUGCUAAAUACGCUAUUGGUAGAGAUGCAGCAGCUAUGAAAGCAGUGGUUGGUGAAGAUGCAUUAUCCAUUGAAGAUAAACUAUCCCUAGAAUUUUUGGAAAAAUUUGAAAAGACUUUCAUUGCUCAAGGUGCCUAUGAAGAUAGAACCGUUUUUGACAGUUUGGACCAAGCUUGGAGUCUUUUGAGAAUCUACCCUAAGGAAAUGCUGAAUAGAAUUUCCCCAAAGAUUUUAGAUGAAUUUUACGAAAGAUCUAGAGACGAUGAUGAGGAUGAAGAUGAACAAGAUCCAGAUCAAAGACCAGGUUCAUCAAAAAAGAAUAACCAGGAAGAAUCUUUAAUUUGA